ACUCCCUCCACCACCAACUCCCCAUCGCCUCGUCGCCUCCUCCUAACUCCCCAGUCUCAAUCGCCUCGCCGCCGCCUCCUCCUCCCCCAUACUCCUCACUUCACCUCAAACCUCCGAGCUCCAGCGCCUCCCACCACCACCCACACGCGCCGACCCCAUGGCCGCCACCGCCAUCUCCGUCCGCCUCCACCCGGCCGCCGCGCGCCACCUGACCGCCGCGCGCCGCGCCCGCCUCGGCGUCGUCCGCGCGCUGUCCGCGCCGGCGGCGGCGGCGCUGACGCAGGACGACCUCAAGCGCCUGGCGGCGGUGCGCGCGGUGGAGUCGGUGCAGAGCGGGAUGGUGCUUGGGCUCGGGACGGGGUCCACGGCCGCCUUCGCCGUCGCCGAGAUCGGCGCGCUCCUCGCCUCCGGCAAGCUCGAGAAGAUCGUCGGCGUGCCCACCUCCAAGCGCACCUUCGAGCAGGCGCAGUCGCUCGCCAUCCCGCUCUCCACGCUCGACGACCACCCGCACAUCGACCUCGCCAUCGACGGCGCCGACGAGGUUGACCCAGACCUUAACCUUGUGAAAGGGCGGGGUGGUGCCCUUCUCCGUGAGAAGAUGGUUGAGGCUGCAUCAGACAAGUUUAUUGUUAUUGUUGACGAGACAAAACUUGUUGAUGGAUUAGGAGGAAGUGGUCUAGCCAUGCCAGUGGAGGUUGUGCAGUUCUGCUGGAAGUACAACCUAGUAAGAUUGCAGGAACUGUUUAAGGAGGAAGGAGUCGAGGCAAAGCUAAGAUUGGAAGGUGACAAGCCCUAUGUUACUGACAACUCAAACUACAUUGUCGAUUUGUACUUCAAGACGCCAAUCAAGGAUGCAUUGGCAGCAGGGAUGGAGAUUGCAGCUUUGGAAGGAGUUGUUGACCAUGGGUUGUUCUUGAACAUGGCGAGUUCAGUGAUCAUUGCUGGAUCAGACGGUGUCAGUGUCAAAACAAAGUGAGUUUUUGGGUUACUUGUUGGUGUUGAAUUUACGGUUCUUCUUUUUGUUGUGUAAGCUAUUGGUGUAAAAGAAGUCAAUAACAUGCUUCAAUAAGCGAACACGUGUGUAGAGCGAUGAUUGGGCUGCCGAUGGGCAACCAACCGGUUGGGGGUUCGAGCCCCCGGUCUCGCAUAUUGCAGGAGCGCAUAUUUGCGUGGUGGAACGGAUGUGUCCAGUUGUGGCCAUCCUUGUCUGUCGGACGCUGCAUAAAAAAGAUCCCCCUCGCUAGCAGUGCUAGGAUUCGGGUCAAGUUUUUUUCUAACAUGCUUCAAUAAAUAUGUUUCCCCAAUGGUCCACUGGUUCACAUCCCCGUGUUUAGGUUGUAUUCUUGAAGAUUGUCUGUUGUGGUAAUGUGGGAUAGAAGCCAUUUUUCUGGGUUGUAAUUUCUGUUGGACUAUAUGAGUAAUAUUUCAGUGAUCCUGAUAUGUUCUCCUGCAAUAGGGACCUGUCAGACUAAUCA